GAAUUUACCAGCCUACUUCCAACCCUUGGUAGCGCUUCCUCAAAGCUUGGGUAGUGCCCUUGAGAGGGCCCCUUGUAGCAAGGACCACAUGGUGCAGGUGAGAAGAAAUCAGAUGCCUGGCUGCCAAGCUGCCUGGGCAACAUGUUCCAGUGUCUCACCACCCUGACUGUAAAUUUCUUCCUAAUAUCUAGUCCAAAUGUACCCUUCUCAAGCCUCAAUCCAUUCCUGUUUGUCCUGUCUCUACAUGCCCUUGUAAGAAGACCCCAGCUCUCUUAUAGGCCUCCUUCAGGUGCUGAAAGGAUGCAAAAAGAUCCCCCUGGAAUAACUUUUCUCCAGGCUGGACAGCCCCAACUCACAGCCUGUCCCCAUAGCAGAGGUGCUUUGCAGCCCUGCUCCGUACCUGCUCCAGCAGUUUGAUGUCUUUCUUAUGCUGGGACACCAGCGUAUUUACUAGCUCCCUUGCCUUCAAAUGUUCUUGUUUAUCUCUUCAUUUCAAAGGGGUGGCUUAAUAACAGAAUGAGUAAAGCAUUUUAAAUGGGCAUGCUAAACCUUGCAGCGAUGAUAUGAAGUUGGUGUAUUUGGGGGUUUUGAGGUUUGGGGUUUUUUGUUCAUAAUUUAAGUCUUAUAUCCAGGUCUAUAUAGAAAGACUGUUCAAAAACACACCACAAAUCGAUCCACACACCCAUGUUAUUUCCACGGUGCUAGUGGACUCUGAAAAAUUUGCUCUUGACAAUUUCAGUGAGAGUUGAUGCCUGCAGGCUCUUGGGACCUGCAUCUUAAGCAGUAACAUCAUCUUCAAUGGUGCCAAAACCCCAAAAUGCAAGAAUUAUUUCCGUUAAUCUUCACAGCAUUUUACAGUGGGAUGCACCUGGAUUUCACAAAGGAAACAUAAGUUACACUGUCCAGUCUAAGAGCAUCAAUUUCCCUGGAAACACAUAUGAAAAUGUGGUCACAAACUUGACACUUACAGAGUGUAAUAUCUCUUCUCUGCCUGUAUAUGGAAACUACAUCCUGCAGGUCAGAGCAGAGUCAGAAAAUGACCAUUCAGACUGGGUAUCCAUCAUAUUUAAGCCAAUGGAUGACACAGUCAUUGGGCCACCUGAUGUAAAAGUGAGGUCAGAGUCUGGGUCCUUGCAUGUGGAUUUCGUAGGCCCUUUUGCUGAACAUGACAAUUGGUCUCUAAAGCAGUAUUAUGGCUCAUGGAAUUACAGAAUACUUUACUGGAAGAAAGACAGCAGUACAGAGGUAACUCACAUAGAUACUGAACAUAACUCAGAAAUACUAUCUCAGUUGGAGCCAUGGACAAUAUAUUGUGUUCAAGUGCAAGCAGUUAUCCCUGAGUGGAACAAAACAGGGGAACCGAGUGGAGAGCUUUGUGAGCAGACAACCCACAAUGGUGUAACUCCUGUGUGGAUAAUUGUGACUAUUGUUAUAGGAUCAAUGUUGGCCAUUGUAAUAUCUGUUCCUGUUUGUUUCUUUUCCUUAUUGUAUUUGUAUCGGCACACCAAACACAUUUUCUGCCCUUCCUAUAUUUUCCCACAACACUUAAAAGAGUUUUUGAGCAAGCCUCCCAGUAGCUCACAUUUUUUUUCUGCAUUCCCACAAGAAGAACAUCUCUCUUAUGACAAGCUAACUGUUGUUUCAGAAGAAUCAAAAAACCAGAGUGAUGAAACUGGAAAUGAGGCCAGAAAGACAACAGAGCACCUUCAGGAGUCUGAACGAGAAGAUUCUGAUUCCAGAAUAGUACCAGCUUCAGAAGAGGCCUAAAGGGAUUGCAUACUUUCACUCAGGCCAAAUGAAAAGCAAAUGAGGUGGUUUUAUCCUUCUUAUUGCUGCAUUCUUAAGACAGUAAAAAAUCACUUACAAAAUGGCAUACACAGACUUCAAACAUAAUCGUGGCUUUUCUUAAAAGUACAACAAUCCUGACUAUAAAUGAGGCAUUAAAUCAUACAUAAUUUUUGCUAUAUUAUGACAUUAAGUUAAAAAGCAAAUCUGUAUCAGUGAAUGUAACUUUGAACAGUUUAUUGCAGGUGCUAAUCAAAAAGGCAUAUUUUAUAAGGUUUGUAACAGAAGACUCUAUUUUGUAGAUAAAGACCUGAUCUGACUUAGCUUCUACAUGAGAGACCAUGUGUGUUUCUUAAGGAUGUCUCUAGUGGCAUAAUCUUUCUAUUGAAUUUCUUUUUUUUUUCGUCACCUGAUGCAAGUUUAUAAAGUUUUUAUGAUGUUACAAGCUUGGUAUGAAUAAACCAAGCACAAAUAUUCAAA